AUGGUGAAACGACCAGUCACCUACCCUGUCGCCGAUUCAUCUGCGCUCGUUGCCAUUCAGGUGCAACUUCCACAUGAUGACAGUGAGCGAAGCAAUCCAACGCAAUUUACUCCUGCUUCCACUAGAAGUCCCUUCGAGGUCAUUGACCCCCGCGAGACUCCAAAUUUCGACCCGGAUGUACCAAUCCCUUCGAUCGAGAGAGAGCCUGUUUGCUCCUCGAACCUCCUUCCUCGCAGCAACUUAUCUGUGCGGCCCAGAACCCCUUCCUUUUCUAUCACGCCUCCUGCUCCAGAGGCAACUACUACCCCGGUCCCUUCGGUUUCUGCGAGCCGUGGGACAAGUCCGACACCAUCGUCCACAGUGUCCGGCCUCAAUGAGCUUAUCAGAGACUUAGAGCUUUCUGGAGAGCCGGGGGAGCAUCCGACAUCACAUAGCAGAUCUGAUUCUCUUGGGGAGCGCCAUUCCCAGCCUUCUCCAACGACCCCCGCUGCUGGUCGAAGUUCUGUGGACGAUGUCACCCACACCCUGAACAAUAUCAGGUUGGGCACAGAAGGUAGCCGGGCCGGCACCCCUACCCCGGAGACUUAUCUCAAUCCGCGGUCUCCAAGCCCCAGUCUAUCCAUUGAUGAUGCCAAUCGCAGUUCAAGAUCUGCUUCUCGCCGUCGGUCCGGCUCUUUUGUUGAUCCCGCCCCUCACAAUGUUGCGGAGGAAGAACCUCCAGCAGAGCCGUUCCACCAGCCAGAGUUCCAACGAGAGCUUGCCAAAGCAGAGAACCUUGUGAAGGAUCUAGUCAGCAUCCUUGCCAGCUCAACACUGCACAAUGAAGCUCAGUCUCGCAUCAACGCCCUUCACUUGCAAGCCGUCGAUUUGAGCCGCUUCCAAAAGCCCUCAACUCGUAUUGUGGGCCUAGUAGGAGACGCCGGGGCUGGCAAAAGCAGCGUCCUGAAUUCACUUCUGGACUUCAAAGGGUUUGCUCGAUCGGUUAGUAGCGAACUGUUCCUGUCCGUAACCAAACUAUUGCUAAGUCUAGGGUCGAUAAAGAGUGGCAGUGGGCGGGCGUGUACUUGCGUCGCAACUGAGUACCAUCACCAUGAACACGAUUAUUUCGCUAUAGAAAUGGAAUAUUUCACUCUCGAUGAGAUCUCCAGUCAACUUACCGAACUUUUGCAGUCAUAUCGACACUUUCCCCUCCGCACUGGUCAAGACGCCCAAGACGAGCAGUGGAAAGAUCUCAGGGAGAAAGCGGAGGUUGCUGAACAUACAUUUCAAGCAGCCUUUCGGGAUCACCUGGUGGACAAUGUACAACUCCUUAAGGAGGGGUCCGAGGAGACUGUGCUCCAGAAAUUACUCACGUGGACCAGGAACUCCGGUUUGCCCCUAGGGGAGAGGCCAGGCGCAAGCCCCAAAACAGAGGUCUUCAAUGAAGCAGGCCAAUGUUCAGACCGCUUGAUUGAACUUACCUCUGAGCCAAAUUCUCCGAACCAACCUUCGACCUGGCCAUUCAUUCGAAAGAUCAAAGUCUACCUCAAUGCAUAUAUCCUGAGCAAGGGUCUGGUUCUCGUUGACCUUCCGGGCCUUCGAGACCGCAACUCGGCCCGGGUCAAGAUUACUGAGAGAUACCUGCUUCAGUGCAAUGAGAUUUUUGCCGUCUGUCCCAUCGCUCGAGCCAUCGAUGACACUGGUGUGAAGGGGGUUUUCGAGCUUGCAAAAAGGGCUUCCCUGUCGAGGAUUGCGAUCAUUUGUACCAAGUCAGAAGACGUUCGAGCGGAAGAAGUCAAGAAUGAUCACGGCCGAGAUGUCAGCGCGACCAUUGAGAGGUUGAACCAGAAUAUCAAGAACUUGAAGGCAUUGUUGGACGCCAACGAAAACCAAAUAAACCAGAUAAGAGCCUUCGAUAGUGACACCGAAGAUGAAAUCGAUAGAGAAGAGAGUCAAAGGCUUGUCACACUUCACAGGGUCUCGAGAAAGUUACAGAAGCAGAUCGAUGAAGCCAAGUUUGUAUUGAAGACUUUCAUUGUCACUACCCGCAACGAGAAAGUCACCGCAGAACUACGGAAAAUCUACCAGAGCCAGAUCCCUGGGGAUGACUUACCAGUUUUCUGCGUCAGCAAUUUCCUGUACUGGGCGCAUCGGAGGAAACCAAAAGCGGAAGCCAUGCCCUCCCUGCAACUCUCUGGGAUCUUGGAAGUCCGAAAGUAUUGCCUCUCCAUCGUCGCUCAGAGCCAGCUUCGGGCAGCCGUUGAGUACAUGACCAAUGCCAUUCCCGCACUACUGGGAUCUGUCGAGCUCUGGGUGCAAUCUGGCGCGGGAAGUCUAGGAGCUGAAAGGAAACAAGCUGUUCGAGACACUAUCCGAGGGAUCGAGAGCAAAUUAGACACGCUAAAUCUGUCGGCAUCCCCUGUCAAUGCCAGCGCGUCAUCCAUGGAGAGGCAAUUCAACGCACAUAUAGUCCGUGUUAUAAAUCAAAAUUCCGACGACUGGAGUGAAGCCGCAGAAAAUGCGACCAUGGAAUGGCAAGGUACCUUUGAUACUCUGGCAGGUACCUACGCCGCUUUUUGUCGAAACUACGGCGAUUACAGCACAAGUUCGACAGAGAUUCGGCGCUGUUGGAAUCAGGAAGCUAUACAAGCCAUGAUCACCCAGAUGGCUACCCCGUGGCGAACCUUUAAACAGGCCCUGGAGGACUCGCAGGAUCAUCUGCUGAAUAGGACUGAGGAUUGCUUCGAUGAAGCUAUAAUCCUAUGUGGUUCAACGAAUAUCCCGACACGCUCGCUGCAGACCUUGAACGUGACCAUGACGCACAGAAAGGCCCUUCUCCUCUCCGCCAUGGAGGGACUAGUAGAGGACUUCCAGCGCGAUUUAUCGACGCUCCGAACGGCUGCAUUCUCUGGAAUUCGCACCUCGUUCAUUGGUCAGAUCAUGGAAUCGUCCUACCAGAGGACCAUGCUUGAAAAAGGUCGUGGAAGCGACAUGAGGCGCAAGACCAUCAUCCGAGACGGAUUCAGCGACGAUCGGCUCUUUGCAAAUCACUGCCGGAAAUUCCGCUCCAAAUUCCACGACCUCGCUCAUAGUCUGGAGGCCGACAUGCGAGCAGCCGUCGCCACGCACCUCGCCCUACUCCAGAGCGACUUUGAUACCGUGAAGGACGAGAACGUGGCCCUGGAGAGCGAACGCCAUCCCGAGUUCCGCCAACGACUCGAGACCGCGGUGCGCGAUAUGAAACAGAGCAUGGAGCAUGUGAACUCGGUGGUUUUGCGUUUUGGCGGGUCUACCGCUUGA